GGGACCAUGCGGAGCAUGAGAGUAAACACCAGGAUGUUAUAGAUGACAAUAUGGGACCAAACCCUGGAAACCGUGGAAACCAUGGAAAUUUGGCAUCCUACAAAGACGAGGAGGUACACUCAGUAGGAGGCUGGGUCGUCUUGGGACGGCGGGCGCCUCGGAAAAUGACAGUGAUCAUCCCGAGAGUGGACAGACAGAACCAGAGAAUCCGCGUCCAGCCACAAAACGAGCACCAAUCUUUACUGAGUCACUUAAAACGCGGGACUCUCCGAGGGCUGGUUUUGAUGCGCAAUGAAACCCCGACGUGGAGCCAAGACAGAAAUCUCUACGAGUUGGAUUUUCGUGGUCGAGUCUUUCGGGAAUCCAUCGAGAACUUCCAGAUCCUGCACCCGCGGAACCCGGAGCGCCUGGGAACUGGAGACCAACUAGUGCUGCAGUUCGGCGGCGUGACCAAAGACUCGUUCAUCAUGGACUUCGGCUUCCCGCUUUGCCCGCUCCAAGCAUUCGCCAUCUGCUUGUCUAGUUUUGAUUGUAAGCGGGCCUGUGAAUAGCUCAAUAAAAUACC